CAUUCUGUUCCAGCUUAGAAACAUUUGCAAAUAUAAGCCGAGGUGAGAGUGAGAGAGAACCAUAAAACAGCAGAGAGUGAUCGACGUCGUCCCAAAGUCCUGUGAUUCAUUUAUGAAGAACAAAUUCAGAAACCACCUAAGAUGAUGUGGAGACUGUUACCCAUCUUACUGAUUGGAAGGCUGUAUGUAACUCAGCAGACAACAGAUUGCUGCAGCCAGCCAAUGAUUGAUCUGACUGACAAAAACGCAUCUCAGUCUUUGAGCUCCACUAAGGAGUACAGCCGACUGACCAACGCUGACAGGGCCUCUGACGGGAAUCGCUCCACAUGUUCUCUCACCCUGAUUCACUCUAACUCCUGGUGGAGAAUUGACCUGCAGGGCGUUCACAACAUCUCCUGUGUCUGUAUAUACAACAGGAACUGCUCGAGUCUGAACUUAAAGGCUGCCGAGAUCUACGUAGGAAACUCUCCAAAGGACAACGGCAAACUAGCCUGCAACAUCACAGAGUUCAACGAAGGCCAGAUAAACGUCUUCAAGUUCCCCAAAUCAGUGUUUGGACGCUACGUGACGGUGGUCAGACCAGGACAAAAAGCCACGGUUCUUUGUGACGUGAACAUCACUGGCACAGCGUUACGUACGUUAACGCUGAAAUAUGGAGUCACACAUUACUUGAUAGCAACGCUGCUAAUGAAUAGGUUUUUAAAAUGUAGUUUACUUGUAUGUAUUUCCCAUCACUUCUCCAAGCGGAUUAUGUAUUUCAUGUUGACUGGAUUUACAUGAGGAAACUUUUUUUUUUUCUUUUUCAAGAACCUCCAUUCUGUGAUGACUGAUUGUUGUGAGGAAUCCCUGAAAAACUGAGGAGAAAAUCAAAGAUCGGUUCUGAAUCCUGGAUGGACAGAGGCAGACAGAACGGCCCUCUGUUUGAAAUGAUCAUUUUAAUUUCUGUCCUUUUUUUUGGGUGGUUGGUUUGAUUUUCCUUCUUUGAGCAAAACUUAUUAUGUCAUAGUAAUAUUUAUUUGAAUGUGUAUCGGGAGGUUCUGGGUUUGUAUAGUGUCAUUCUCACUGAUAUUAUGAAGUAUUUGUGACGUUUAAUGCUAUAAAGCUUGUUGUAAAUGACCGCUGAUGACCAUUGCUUAUUAGGUUGUUUUACUGUUUUAUCAGAAUAAAUGGAGAAGCACAGUAAAUGUUUGUUUUUCAUUAAAGUAUCAAACAUCACAAAGUAUUUUACACUGAAAUAAAUGUCCAAGUUUUGAAAUUCUGUACGUCACUCAUUUAGAGAACUGAUUUAGCAGCUUUGAGUGCUUUUUUAAUGGUAAAGAGACGAUUUCAAACGAUUUUUAGAAAUUACUUCAACUGCAGUCAAAAUUAUUUUUGCUGUCGGUUGGGGCCUUGGAUUUCUUGUCACGAAGGGAGUAGAAAAGUUGCUGGGAUAUCGGAUUAGAGAUGACGUUUCAGCAGAGAGCUCACCUGCUGACGAUGAAAGAUUUAAAUACUUUGGUUUUGACAUUGUCGCCAAAGACAACGUGAAAGACGAUGGCAUGCCAGUAGAAAGCAAAGAGGACUGGAGAUGGAAAUACUUUGGUUUGGACGACAUUGUCCCUGAAGAUCAACAGGACAUGGAAGCUUCCUCUAAAGUUACCAUCAAUAUGGAUUUGACAGUCAAGACAUCUGAAGACACUGUUGCUUUGGAAAGCGACUGUGCUCCUGAAAUCAAAACGGAGCUGCACUUGGAACAUGUGAUGAUAUCUUUGAGGAUUCAUCAGCGGAAGAAACCUCUUCAGUUGACACAAACUCAAAAGAUGAAGAUGAAGCUCUGUCUUACUGCAGAGAUAACCACAGGGAUCUGGCCUCCAUCUUGAAUGAACAGAUGCAGACGUUUGCUGAGCUGGAGGCUGAGAAAGCCAACAGUCCCUUCAUUUGGAUCGGACUUGGCUACACCUGCACUCUGGACUUCUGGUUCUGGGUUGAUGACAACGUUGUAAAGUUUAAUUGCUGGGACUGGGGUGGUUAUAACGAAGACUGUGACAUGAGUGGAGGCAAGGAGAAAGAAGGAGAUCAUCGCUGGUUCAGCAAGUCUGACUAUGAAGAGUUUAAUUCUAUCUGUCAGUACCAGUGAGAUUUAGGACUUCUACUUUAUUUAAAUUGUGGUAUUCCUUUGUGACCCGGUUUUUGUUUUCAAGAAUCUAAAACGUUCAAAUUAAAGAUAAAACCAAGAAAAACAAAUAAAUCAAUAAAACACAAAAUUUGACUUAAAACACUGAGUGGACAUGUUUGUCUGAUAUCUGCUGGUAGAUUGUUCCAUAAUG